AUGCUGCUGCUGCUGUGCCCACCCCCGAUAAAUGUGUGUUCUUGGACGCCUGUCGUGCCAGAUGAAAAAGCGGUCGUGGAGCGACUGGUGCAAACUGCUGCGUUUCUGCUGGCAUCCCCCAACCUGGAUGCUGAUAACUAUGAGACGGAUCCAUGUCUGAAAAAGAUUCGCGAAGCAGAAAAUUAUUCUUGGAUGGAUAUAAUAACUAUACAAAAAGACAAGCUUCCAAAUUAUGAAGAAAAGAUAAAAACAUUUUAUGAAGAACAUUUGCACUUAGAUGAUGAAAUUCGCUACAUCUUAGAUGGAUCUGGCUAUUUUGAUGUUCGAGACAAGGAUGACAAGUGGAUCCGGAUUUUCAUGGAAAAGGGAGACAUGAUAACACUCCCUGCUGGCAUAUAUCACCGAUUUACACUGGAUGAGAAUAACUACGUGAAGGCCAUGAGGCUGUUUGUUGGAGAGCCAGUCUGGACAGCAUACAACCGGCCAGCCGACCACUUUCCUGCUCGGGAGCAAUAUCUGAAGUUUUUGGCUGAAGCAGCACAGUAAUGGUCUCUGAAACCUGAUAGGUGCCUGAAGCUAUCUGAAUAAAUGUAAAUGGUGUUUUUUCACUGUUUACACUUGCA